UUUUAAUUUGAUAGAGACUUUUAUUUUGAUUUGAUGUAGACCUGGAGUUUGGGGUUAGAGGUUAUUUCCUGUACAGAAGUAGGAAGGUGACAGAAUGAGAGCACAUGUAAUCCAUUUGUUGUUAGCACUAGAGGCAAUGUCUUUUCACUCUGUCAUGUAAGAUGAUGUUAAAGCCACAGUAAACAGCAAGAAAUCGCUCACUACGACUUGUUGUCAUUUUGCAUCAGAGUUAGCUGGUUGUAUAGCUACAGUUGCUACACUGCAGUGAGGACAACACAGUGAAAAGACAGAGAAAAGUUAGUGUUGAACAUUGUGACAAGAUGGAUGGAAAACGUGCUAAGUCUUCUGUAGCAAGUGGAAGUGCUCACUCAUCUGCAUCAUCAAGGAGUGCAGUAAUCCGUGCACGGGCUAAAGCAGCAGCUGCUAAAGUACGUGCUGAAUAUGCAGAAAAAGAGGCUAAAGCUAAAAUAGAAAAGGCAGCUAAAGAAGCUGAAUCACAGUUGGAGAAGGUAAAAAGAGAGACUGAGUUUGAAACACUUGCCAUGUGUCGUGAAGCAGCGGCUGCUGAAGCUGAAGCAGCCGUUUGGGAAUCGGCUGAUUCAAUUCCGAAGUGUAUUCUGUUGGAUGAAACAGGUUCGUCAGGAGAAAAUAAAAUGGAGCGAACGAGCGAAUACGUCCAAACUCAUUUUGGCCCAACUAGCUCCCCAAAGCGAGAAGCUACGAACGCUUGCUUUCAGACUUUUCAGCCUGCUACAGAUGGCACUCUCAUUUUCAGUCCGAACAAUCCCUUCUCUUCAUAUCAGCAGGUUCCUGUUUCUUCAUAUGAGCCACGACAGGCAAAAUACCAAGAAAAUGGGAAAUUAUCAGAGGAUGGUUUAGACAAUGCUUAUGUUCCACCAUCAGCCAAACUACCAUAUGGUCAGACUUUAUAUGACAGAGAGGAUGCUCGGGUUGAUUCAAAGAAGUUUCAUACUGACUUGAAUAUUUCUGCUCCGUGCUAUUACCCCCAGCUAAAAACUGAUCAGAGCGUGUCUGCAACUGAACAUCUUGCGCAAUAUUUAGCGCGACGUGACUUGGUGAGUGCAAGCUUGUAUGAGUUUGAUGAUAAACCAGAAAAUUAUCGUGCUUGGCAGUCUUCAUAUAAAAAUGCUACACAAGGGCUGGGUCUCACUGUUACUGAGGAGCUAGACUUAAUGACUCGAUGGCUUGGCAAAGAAUCCAGCAACCAAGUAAAACGACUGCGUUCAGUGCACGUAGCAAGUCCAGAGAUGGCACUCAGAAAAGCUUGGGAACGUCUUCAAGAAUGUUACGCAGCGCCAGAGGUAGUUGAGAAGGUCCUCUUCACUCGACUUGACAAGUUUCCCAAGGUUUUGGCAAAAGAAAAUCUGAAGCUAAGGGAGUUAGCAGAUCUGCUGAUGGAAGUGCAGUGUGCUAAGGAAGACGGCUACCUUCUGGGUUUGUCCUACCUGGAUACGGCACGAGGCAUUGAACCUAUAGUAGCCAAGCUGCCUUAUGGACUUCAGGAAAAAUGGAUUUCUGCGGGUUCAAAGUAUAAAGAAGAAAAUGGAGGACAGUUUCCACCAUUUGAAUUCUUUACCAGAUUCAUGUGCUACGAGGCAAAGAAAAGGAAUGACCCCAGUUUUGCCCUUUUAACUGCUAGCGGAUCUGCUGUAAAGGCUGAAAGUCCCCUAUUUAAAAGCACCAAGAACCCAAUUGCAGUUCAUAAGACCAAUGUCUCCCCAGCAGAGUCGAGCACUUCCAGUGAUCCAAAUAAGAGCUGCCCAAUACAUGCAAAGCCACAUCCACUAAAGAAGUGCAAAGCCUUUAGAGCCAAAGAUCUUCAAGACAGGAAAGCCUUUCUGAAGGAGAGAGGAUUCUGCUUUAAAUGCUGUGGCUCAAAUAAUCACGUGGCAAAGGACUGCACUGCAGUAGUGAAAUGUUCUGAGUGUGAUAGCAACAAGCAUGUCUCAGCCAUGCAUCCGGGCCCUCCACCAAAGAUCACUGCUCCUGUUACCUCGCCACAGAAUGGCGGGGAGGGAGAAGAGGGUAACGACGGUAGGGAAGUCGUCAGCUCAAGCUGCACUGAUGUAUGUGAUGCAGGACAAGUUGGAAGGUCAUGUUCCAAGAUAUGCCUAGCAAAGGUGUAUCACAAGGACUGUCCAAAUAAAGUCAUCAAGACAUAUAUCGUUUUAGAUGACCAAAGCAACCGGUCAUUGGUGAGGUCCAGUUUCUUUGACCUUUUCAACAUUCAGAGUAAGCCAUAUCCUUACUUACUGAGAACGUGCUCCGGCACAGAGGAAACAUUUGGUAGAAGGGCUGAAGGUUUUAUGGUCAAAGCACUUGAUGGGAAAGUGACAAUCCCUCUUCCCUCACUUAUUGAAUGUAACGACUUACCUGACAACCGGGCUGAAAUUCCCACGCCAAACGCCGCUCUUCAUCAACCUCACCUCGUCAAAGUAGCAAAACACAUCCCCGAGUUGGACCCUACGGCGGAAAUCCUCCUGCUGCUUGGUAGAGAUAUAAUUAGAGUGCACAAGGUAAGGGAACAAGUAAAUGGCCCCCUCAACGCCCCUUUUGCUCAACGUCUUGACCUAGGUUGGGUGGUGGUUGGAGAGAUCUGCCUAGGGAAUGCACACAAGCCAAAUGUCAGCAUUUACAGGACGACAGUGCUUGAUUGUCAACGGCCCUCGCUUCUUCAACCGUGCACAAGCGUUAUGCAUGUCAGGGAUAAGCUUCAUGGCAAAGAGCCCAGGAAGAGUGUCUUAGGGCCCAGCAGGGCUAAAGAAGACAGGCUGGGUAAAAAUGUAUUCGAUCACACCGAACAGGACAACAAGCUGGCCCCAUCAAUUGAGGAUGAGACUUUCUUGAACAUAAUGGACAAAGAAGUCUACAGAAAUGAUUCACACAGUUGGGUUGCUCCACUACCGUUCAGACAGCCUAGAGAACAUUUGCCUAACAACCGCAGCCAAGCACUCAAACGCUUUGAAUCACUUCGACGCAACUUGAAGAGAAAGCCAGAGAUGGAACAGCAAUAUGUGGCAUUCAUGGGCAAGCUGUUGGAAAAUGAUCAUGCUGAGGUAGCACCAGAACUAAGGGAAGAUGAAGAGUGUUGGUACUUACCAAGCUUUGCAGUGUUCCACCCACAAAAACCAGGUCAAAUCAGGGUGGUGUUUGAUUCGAGUGCUCAACACUCUGGAAUCUCCUUGAAUAAUGUGCUAUUGACUGGCCCUGAUCUUAACAACUCCCUUCUGGGAGUACUCAUGCGGUUCCGAAAGGAAAAAGUGGCUGUUAUGGCAGACAUACAGCAAAUGUUUUACUGCUUCCUCGUGGAAGAAAAACAUAGGAACUAUUUGAGAUUCUUAUGGUUCAAGAACAAUGAUGUGGCAAGUGAAGUCAUAGAUUACAGAAUGAAGGUCCAUGUGUUUGGGAACAGCCCAUCUCCAGCAGUGGCAAUUUAUGGGCUUAGAAGAGCUAUCAGAAAGGGUGCCCAAAGAUAUGGACAAGACACCGUCAACUUCGUCGAGCGCCACUUUUAUGUUGAUGAUGGCCUUUGUUCUGUCCCUACUGAUGCUGAAGCCAUUGACUUGCUGCGUAGGACUCAGGCUUCAUUGGCUGAGUCCAACCUUAGGCUCCACAAGUUUGCAUCGAAUAGUCCGGCUGUCUUGGCAGCCUUUCCAAGUGAGGACUGUGUGGCAGCUGAAAAAAAGGUAGACCUCUAUGGGAAGGAGUCGCCCAUCCAACGCAGCUUAGGCCUCCUGUGGGAGGUAGCUAGGGACACAUUCACCUUCUCUGUGUCAACUGAAGUAAAACCGUUUACCCGUCGAGGAGUUCUCUCCAUGGUGAACAGUGUUUUUGAUCCCUUGGGUUUUUUGGCUCCGGUCGUGAUCCAAGGAAGAGCCUUUCUCAGAGAGCUGAAUUCUGAGGCUUCAGAGUGGGACACUCCAUUACCUGCAGAUAAACUAGGCAAGUGGAAGGCUUGGCGAAACUCACUUCAAGAGUUGAAACACUUCCAUAUAUCAAGGAUGUUCACAGGCAUCUCUCUAACCAAGGCAGAACGGAUGGAACUCUGUGUGUUCUGUGAUGCUUCUACAAUGGCCAUUGGGGCUGUAGCCUAUUUGAAGACCAUUCAAGAAGGCAUUGUUGACAUUGGAUUUGUCAUGGGGAAGUCUAAACUUGCUCCUCAAUCAGAGCCAACCAUACCGAGACUUGAGCUGUGUGCUGCGGUUUUGGCUGUGGAAAUGGCCGAACUUAUUCAGGAAGAACUGGACUUGAACUUGGAUUCCAUUAAAUUCUACACUGAUAGCAGGGUGGUCCUUGGAUACAUUCAUAACCAAUCCAGACGGUUUUACGUAUAUGUCCAUAAUCGAGUCCAACGUAUUCGCCAGACCACAAAUCCUGAACAGUGGCAUUACGUACGCACAGAGGACAAUCCGGCUGAUAUUGCAUCAAGGUCUGUUCCAGCAUCACGUCUCACACAAACAAUGUGGUUCAGCGGACCUACCUUUUUGCGUAAGCUUUCCAUUCAACCAGAGCCUAUUCAGUCAUUCAGCUUAGUCUCACCAGAAUUGGAUGCAGAGAUUCGUCCAGAUGUGAAGAGUUAUGCCACCCAGCUACACGGGAAAGGUUUCAGCAUAGAGCGUUUUGAGAGGUUCUCCACCUUUGACACACUCCAGCGAGCUGUGGCACUCCUAAUUCACAUUGCAAGAUCUUUCAAGUCCCCUAACAUCAUGGACAAGUGUAGGGGAUGGCAUACAUGUGAGCUGCCUCGCACUCCGGAUGAGCUUUCCCAAGCCAGAGAAGUCAUCAUUAGAGCCGUUCAGAGGAAAGCAUUUGGAAAGGAAUUUGAAGUUUUAGAAAGAGACAAGCCAAUUCCUCUAAACAGCUGCCUACGUCGUCUCAAUCCUAUCUUGCAGAAUGACCUAAUCUGCAUUGGUGGCCGUCUGAAAAACGCAGAUGUAGAGAUUGAGCAAAAGUAUCCUGUAAUUCUCCCAAAAGACAACCAUGUUUCCUUACUGUUCAUCAGACACCAUCAUACCCAAGUAAAACACCAGGGCCGCCAUUUAACAGAAGGUGCUGUGAGAGCUGCAGGACUCUGGAUCUUGGGAGGUAAAAGGCUCAUUAACUCAACUCUUCACAAAUGCGUGACCUGUCGUAGACUCAGAGGUCGGAUGCAGGAGCAACUAAUGGCAGAUUUGCCACCUGAGCGUCUCAAGGCCUGCCCUCCCUUCACGUAUGUAGGACUAGAUGUCUUCGGACCAUGGCACAUCACUACCAGACGUACAAGAGGAGUUCAGCCUGAGAGCAAACGGUGGGCCAUAUUAUUCUGUUGUAUGAGCUCUAGGGCGGUUCACAUUGAGGUGAUUGCCUCAAUGGACACUUCAAGCUGUGUCAAUGCCUUGAGGCGUUUCUUUGCCAUAAGAGGACCAGCCAAACAACUGAGGUCAGAUUGUGGCACAAAUUUCAUUGGGGCCUGCAGAGAACUCGGGAUGAGCGCAGAACAACCAGACACCACUGUGCAGAGGUACCUACACCAACAAGGAUGCUCCUGGGUGUUUAACCCACCUCAUGCUUCGCACAUGGGCGGUUCAUGGGAGCGUCUCAUUGGAGUGGCUCGAAGAAUCCUGGAGUCAAUGCUUCUUGAACACGGCACCCGCCUAACUCAUGAAGUCUUGUGCACUCUAAUGGCAGAGGUGGCAGCAAUUAUGAAUGCAAGGCCUCUGGUUCCAGUUUCAAAUGAUCCAGAAGAUCCAUUCAUUCUCACACCAUCUUUACUGUUAACUCAGAAAGUCAGCACCCCACCUCCUCCGGGAGACUUUACGGACAGAGACCUCCUAACCAAGCAGUGGAGACAAGUUCAAGCCUUGUCCAACAUGUUCUGGCGCCGUUGGAGACAAGUGUACUUGUCAACCUUACAAAGCUGGAAGAAAUGGACCAAAUCUCACCAAAAUCUGCGAGAAGGAGAUGUCGUUCUCCUCAAGGACACCCAAGUUGUCCGCAACAGCUGGCCUAUGGCGAUAGUCACAAAGGCUAUUUCUGGAAAAGACGGGAAAGUCCGUAAGGUGGAAUUGAAGACCACAGAUCAAGGACAUUCAAAAAAGUACCUUAGACCAGUGACAGAACUGGUUUUGCUUCUGAGUAGAGAGUGAUGUUCAUCUGUUUAAUUGAUACAAAACUUGUUUGUGUAGUGACCUCACAGAUGUCAGGCGGGGAGUGUGUUGCCAUUAAGGCAAAAUGUUAGGGACUUUUAAUUUGAUAGAGACUUUUAUUUUGAUUUGAUGUAGACCUGGAGUUUGGGGUUAGAGGUUAUUUCCUGUACAGAAGUAGGAAGGUGACAGAAUGAGAGCACAUGUAAUCCAUUUGUUGUUAGCACUAGAGGCAAUGUCUUUUCACUCUGUCAUGUAAGAUGAUGUUAAAGCCACAGUAAACAGCAAGAAAUCGCUCACUACGACUUGUUGUCAUUUUGCAUCAGAGUUAGCUGGUUGUAUAGCUACAGUUGCUACACUGCAGUGAGGACAACACAAUUACCAUUGGCAAAACCAUGGUUUUACUGCAGUAACUAUGGUUGUUUUGUGGUAAGUUUAGUUUAACUAGCUAAAAAAAACAUUUUUUACUGUAGUAAAAGUAUGGUUAAAGGUGCAGUGUGUAAAUUUUAGCAGCAACUGUAGUGAGGUUGUGAAUUGCAACCAACGGCUCAGUCCACUGCUCACCCCUCGCUUUUAAAAUUCAUAAAGACGCUACCAUAGCCACCACUGGACAAACAUGUCAUCAUCAGAGACAACUUAGUAAAAAAGUUUACCCGUUAAUGGCUUCUCUAGAAACAUGGUGCCACAAAAUGGUG